AUGAGCUACGAGCACCCCACCCCUGUCACUGGCAAAACUCAAACACGAAACCCUUUAAAAAAUGUAACACCAGAAACCCGUACAAAAACGGAACCAUGCGACGAGAUGCCAGCACACUCGCAGUCCCAAUCAUCGUCAUCCCAACAGCAACCUCAGCAGUCCCAGUCACAAUCCUCUCAGCAGUCGCAUCAGCAGCCCCCACAACAACAGGCCCAAUAUCGGGAGUCCCAGGUUCCGCGUCCACCUCAACAACCUACGACGCCAGAUGCAAUAAAGCCUGGUUGGGGUUACGGGCUUGAUCUGAUUGGUGGUCAGGCUUCUGCAUUUUGGCAAAAUUAUCAAGAAUCACUCGCCCAAGAGUUGGAGCAAGAGAGAAAAUCGCGACAACAUCAAGCCACUGAAAGGGAUCAAGUCAAAUCUCCCCUUCAAGAAUCCCGAACGGGUUACUACAAGAACUCCGUACUCUUCACAAGCGCGACCUAG